AUGGAAGAGGACGCGCCCGCGACUGCGACAGCGUCACCACCGCCGUCCUAUGAAUCCGUUCUCGUUUUUCUUACAACGUUGGCGCAGUGGCUCAAGCAUGCGCGAGAGCGCCUGACGUGCCGAGACGAAGUCGGCCGCCACGCCAUUGCGGUGGAGGUCCUCCGCCGCCACCGAGAACGCGCCUAUGCGUGGCUGACAGAAUCCGUAUGGCGCCAUACAGCUGCUGCCGGGGACGUGAACACAUCACUUUUUCCCUCCGCUUCGGUCGAGCUGACCGCGUGGGUGCUGCUGCGGCUUCUCGUCCUCCUCCUUACCUGGUGGCUGUUGAUGCGGCUGGUGCGCGCGACCACUGUACCGCGCCUGCGCGCUCGCCAGAUUGCGGUGCACCUUCACGGGCGUCUGCCAACGAGCGUCAGAGAUGCACAAGCGGCAGAGGCGUUUAUUUGGCCCAACUCUGCUCAGCGGGGCAUCAACGCCACGCUGCUGUUCACUGUCAGCGCUUGCGUGUCAGUGGCGUGCCUGCUCAUUCUCUGCCUGCUUACAAUGCAUGUAUGGGUGGAUGUGGUGCUGUUGCGCCUGCUCCAACACUGGACCGCCCCGCUAUGGCAGGCACAGGCGUGGGUGUCGUCGCAUGUGUUGUGGCCCUCCAACAGCUCGCAGCAGGGAUCGCUGCGAGCACCUGCCACCUCUGUGGAGCAUUACGCAACUUCUUUCAUGAGUGCUGUUUCAGGACUGAAUUCCAGCUUAUUCAACAAGCUCGCGUGGCUGCGUCGAGUGACACAGCAGGUGAAACUGAUGUACCUGUGGGGCAUGGUCGGAGGGACCGUGUUGGGGGUGGCGCUCUGGCUACUUCGCUACUCCUCUCGGCUGCUGCGGACCUACAACGCAAGUCUGCCGUACUUUGAAGAGAGCGACCCUCUGCUGCGCUGGCUGGCCCAACAAGAGGCAGAGGCCACUCAGGAACGCACCAACGCAGCGUUUGCCGCUCUGCUUGAAAGCCAGGAUAGACAAGAGCGGGUAAUGGAGAAGCUCGCGAGCUCAUUGGCGCCCGCGACUCCUCGAGAGCGGCAGCGCUACCUGCAAAUGGCGGAGGAAGGAGUAGAAUCACAUUGCCUGGUGGAUGAUGCUGCACCAGCGGCAGCGACAGGCGACGCCACAGAGGACGAACGGUACGAUGGUGAGACAGCCGCAGCUGGAACUGGCGCGGUGAUCAUCAGCAAUGGCUGCAGCGGUGAUGGCGAUGCAGGAAAGUUGCGUGCGGAGUCUGGACCUCCACAUGAUAACGCGUUGGCCGCUGCCUUCGAAGCAGCAGCGGCGGCAGCGCCGGCGACGCGAGAUGAAGGAACCACAGAGGCUAGCUGCGGCACAACACCGCAGGCGGAGGAGGAGGAGGGGGCGGCGACCACAGCUUCGCGGAUGGCAAAAGAAGGGGAGAACCCUGGCAGCUAG